AUGACCGUCAUCUAUCUGCAAUUUUCACACAGCCCUGUUCCCGAGAAAUCCAUCAUCCUGGUCACCGAAGCCCUUCAAAAGAUCAACCCAAACCUCAGCGAGUCCGAGCGAACUGAAGAUAGCAUUGCCUUCAGUUCUAUCGAUCAUGACGUCGAUAUAUACGGCAACAUAUUCCAAUCGUUGCUGGAUUCGAAUCCUCCGCUUAUAGAUACCUGGCGAAUGCUGGCACACGGUUGA